GUUGCGUUCGCGUUUUCCAGCAGUUCAGAUGGCCACGCGGCCGGUUAAAAGAUGAGCCUAUCGUUGCUGCCGUGCGGUCGGUACUCGUCCUCGUCCACGUCCAUAUCCACAUCCUCGUCGUCUUUGUCGUCUUCGUCCUGCUCGUCUUCGUCCUGGUUUUCGGACGUCGUGAGUGCGGUGGCAGCUGGCACUACUACUACUACCAAUACUACUACUGCUACUGCUGCUGUAGCUAUUAUAGCCCCAAAAACAACUGCAAAUGAAGCCCUUGUGCUGGCUUAGCCGCAAAAAAUGAAAGUGAUUUAUAUGGCCAAAUGAAAUAUGCUCGCCUAAGUGAACCGACCGGCCCGCAAUCGAGUCAAUUAAAAUUCAAUUAUGCGACCAAAGAUGAAGGAGAGGCCGCGUAAGCGUUUGAAAACCGUUCGACCGCUGAACUCCUGACUGAACCGGAAGUUUAAACUGCCAUUGAAGUGUGUUCCCCCAAGCAUAAUCCUAGCAAUCGAUCAUAUCACAAGCGGAUAACAGAGUACAUAUCGUGCAACAAAAACUGGGUUAAGUCCCAGACUUGCGAGACUUAUCAACGGCAAGGAUAUACGCCAGAUAUCAAAACUGCAAUUACUUUUACCCUUGUUCUGCUUGUUAUCGUCGUCGUUUCUUGUCUUCGCGUUGCGAUUGCCGGUUGUAAAAGUUCAAGAAGUGGCGGUGGCAAACACGAAAAUAAACCCAAACACUGUCCAAAACCCCCACCAAAAACUCCACUCAGCGAGCUUGUUCGAAUGGAAAUCAAUCAAUUGCACAAUGCCAGAAUGCAGGCGGUGUGAAAAAGUGAAUUAAUUGCACAGCACGACGUCAAAGCUAAGAAACAUAACGAACAGCAAUUUAACCAUAAAGAAUAAAAAUUACAAAUAAAUGCCCCACAUGACACGACUGUCAUUUGUAAUUACAAAUGAGUAUGAAAAAAGUGGCAUACAUAAUUUACGAUUACAAUAAAUUUUAAAGUAAAACACACAUACCUAUAAAUACAGCAAAGUAUUUGCCAUUAAAUUAUCUGUGAUUUUUGUCAACAUAUUAAAUAUUUUGCGUGCGCGUGAUUAAACCCCAUAUCCCGUAUCCGAAUCCGUAUCCCAUAAUUUAAAGUGAAUAGUUGUGAAUGGUCCCAGUGCGUUCAGCUUGAAGGCAAUUCUAUUCGUCGCCGGUUGUUUGUUGUUGUUCAUUUCGUUUGGCGUUGAUUUCUCGUAGUGCUUUAAGUGUUGUAUAUCGAAUCGGUGUUGAAUCGGAAUCGUGUAAAUAUCGUACAAAAUGGCAAUGGUUAUAUCGACGCGUGCCAAGCUCGUGAUUACCGCGCUGAUUCUGUUCUUCCUGCUCGGCAUCGUCCUCGUAACGGGCUCCACAAAGGGAUGGUUCAAUCCCAACCGCUACAACGGCGAAAGGGUGGCAGCUAGGAUUCAGGCGACAGACAUCUUCGACGCCAGUGGAAUGCAGCCCCCGGGACAGACGCAGUACACGCACGAGAGACCGUAUCGCGGCAUCAAGGGCGAGAAGGGAGAGCGGGGGCCCAAGGGCGACAGCAUUCGCGGUCCGCCGGGACCGCCGGGUCCGCCAGGGCCCAAAGGCGAAACGGCCCCCUAUCCGCCCUUUGUGGAGACGACGAGUGCGGGGGCUAAAUACACUGGCGAGUGUACAUGUAAUGCGUCUGAUAUCCUAGAGGCCAUCAAGGACAAUGAGUCGUUGCGGGAAUCGUUGCGAGGAGCACCGGGCACGCCGGGCAAGGAUGGAAAGCCAGGUACCCCUGGACACACCGGAGCCACCGGAGUGCCUGGAGCCAGAGGCGCCCGGGGGUCCGAAGGUGCCCAGGGGCUGAAGGGCGAGCCAGGCGUCGACGGCCUGCCCGGAGUCAUGGGUCCGCCGGGACCACCGGGCCCGCCUGGUUUGCCCGAGAAUUACGAUAUAAAUUGGAAUCCAACCAGGACCUUCAAGGAAUCCCUAAUGGUCAACUCGAUGGGCGCAUUCCGGGGCACGACGCAGCCAGGAGCCAAAGGUGUGCCCGGCGAGAAAGGUGAUGCCGGCCAGAAAGGAGAGCGUGGCGAUCCGGGUCACAAAGGUGCACACGGGCCCAGCGGCGCAAAGGGUGAGCCCGGCGAACCGGGAACACCCGGACUGCCGGGAUUGCCCGGACAGGCCGGACAGCCCGGCGGACUUGAGGGCCUCGCCAGCGCCAAUGGGACCAAGGGCGAGAAGGGCGAGAAAGGCGAGAAGGGCAUGCGGGGUCGGCGCGGCGGAACGGGAGCCACUGGACCAAUUGGACCGCCCGGAAAACCCGGACCCAUGGGCGAUAUUGGACACUCGGGUCGUCCUGGCAUGACAGGACCAAAGGGUGAAAUGGGUCCCAAAGGACCAAAGGGCGAUUCCGGCGGACGCGAAGGGAUAAAGGGUGAUAAGGGAGACCGAGGUCAGGAUGGUCGCGAUGGCUUGCCAGGACCUCCAGGAUUACCCUCCACUGGUGGAGGCGAUGGUGACAGCGGCGGCGUGCAGUACAUCCCUAUGCCAGGACCUCCAGGACCUCCGGGACCGCCAGGUCUGCCGGGUCUUUCCAUUUCUGGCCCCAAAGGAGAACCCGGCAUGGAUUCGCGAGGCUCCUUCUUCGGCGAUGCAUCCUACUACGGACGACCAGGAACGCGCUCAUCCUUGGACGAACUCAAAGCACUGCGAGAACUGCAAGAUCUUCGCGAUCGGCCCGAUGGCACAGCCGAGCCACCGCACCAGCCAGGACAUUCCCACAAGCAUGAGGAUACCCUGGGGCUCGUCGAUGGCGAGGAACCAUACUUCUCCGCAUCCUCAUCGAACAUGAACAUGAAGAUUGUGCCCGGCGCAGUCACCUUCCAGAACCUCGAUGAAAUGACAAAAAAAUCGGCCCUGAAUCCGCCGGGCACAUUGGCCUACAUCACCGAGGAGGAGGCGCUGCUGGUUCGCGUGAACAAGGGAUGGCAGUACAUUGCGCUGGGAACUCUGGUGCCGAUUGCCACGCCCGCUCCGCCCACAACGGUGGCACCAUCGAUGCGAUUCGACCUGCAGUCGAAGAAUCUGCUCAACAGUCCACCACCCCUGCUCAAUACGCCAACGUUUACAACCGCGCCCGAAUACGAAACGUGGUAUCCGCGAAUGCUACGCGUGGCCGCACUGAAUGAGCCCUCCACUGGCGAUUUGCAGGGGAUUCGCGGGGCGGAUUUCGCCUGCUAUCGGCAAGGACGACGGGCAGGACUCCUGGGCACCUUCAAGUCAUUCCUUUCAUCCAGGGUACAGAAUCUGGACACCAUUGUGCGUCCGGCUGACCGGGAUCUGCCCGUGGUGAACACUCGUGGCGAUGUGCUCUUCAACUCGUGGAAGGGCAUCUUCAAUGGCCAAGGUGGCUUCUUCUCGCAGGCGCCGCGUAUCUACAGCUUCAGCGGCAAGAAUGUGAUGACGGAUUCCACAUGGCCCAUGAAGCUGGUCUGGCACGGCUCGCUGCCCAAUGGCGAGCGCUCCAUGGACACCUACUGCGAUGCCUGGCACUCGGGUGACCACUUGAAGGCCGGCUAUGCCAGCAAUCUCGAUGGCCACAAGCUGCUCGAACAGAAGCGCCAGUCCUGCGACAGCAAGCUGAUCAUCCUGUGCGUGGAGGCACUCUCGCAGGAUCGCAAGCGCAAGAAGCGGGAAAUCGGCGACGGCAGCAGACACGGCGAAAGUGAGAGCAGGGAGUUCAAGACGGCCGAUGAGUAUGCAGCGCAUUUAGAAAAUUUACUGAUGUAAGCGGAACCGGAAGGAAGAAGAAGAGCGGCGUCACACCGAACCAUUCUCAUGCAUAAAACAAAACAAAUCACAGCACACACACACACACACACAUACAUGCGUGCAUACAUUGAAUGUCAACGUGAAUCAUGGCCAUGCAUAUAAUCAGCGAAUUCCAAACAAAAACCAAAAAGAGAAAUACUCAGACGGCAGAUGGAUGUUGCAUAUAAAUACAUACUUAUAUUACCAGUACGCAUACACACUACUCGUAGGUAAUAUGUCUAAUAUAUUGCUAAACGUAUAUGAUAAACACAAAUAGAUAUAUAUCGUGGAUAUAUAUUUGAGUUGUACUUUAUGUUUAGGACACGGCACGAGCAAGCAGCAAUUUUUGUACAAGCAGGAAACGUAUUUGUAGUUUGUAAACUGUAAUUUGUAACUUACCGAUAGCCUAAUAUCUAAUAUCUAAUUUUUGUAAUUACCUAAGCUCAUCCACAACAAAAAAAAUAAGAAAAUAAACAAAGAAAAAAAAAAAAUAUAAAACAACAGCGGAACACCCAGUCGCCUCCGCCUACGCAAUACUGGCCAAAUUAGUAUCCUACUUAGAUUUGUAUGGCAAUGCACCCGAGAAUCGAGAAUCGAGCAAUUCGAAAAGCGAGCAACUCUUCACAGGACCCUGUAUAUGCGUGUAUAAAUGUGUAUUUUUGUCAAAAGACUUCUAGGUGUGUGUACAUUAUAAGAAAGCCCCGCGUGGUUACUAUACGAAACCGUUUUUAACUAUCGCAUGCAGCCCUUUCUGCCCAGUCUAUAUACGAUAUAUAUCUGAACUUUAUAUAGGAUAUAUGUGUUUUACGACCGAUUUCUACUCCUAUCGUAGGCCAGAGAUUUUCUACAGCGUAGCUCGCGAUUCACCACAAUACUCGUUAUCGAAUUCCGAAUUGCAUAUUUGUAUCGCAGUUUUUAUAUGAGUCAGAUGAGUAACAUUAAUGAAAUUAUAGCAUAAUCAACACACAUAAGUACAUACACAGCCGUGGAUGGUAAAUUCGUAAUUUAUUGUCAUUCGAUAACGAACACUUAACUAAAUUCUAAUUAUAGUUACCGAUAGUUAGUUACGUAAUAAUUUCUUUUUGCAUUUAACCAAUGCAUUUCCAACUACAACAUUUGUAAUGUAAUUAAACGUAAUUGUAAUGACAGUUAAGGUAUUAAUUUAAAACAAUAAACCACAAAUGCAGAACACAAAGCGAAUGGCGCGGUAGCCAGUCGCACGGUGACAUUAUAUAGUACGAUUAAAGUAAUAUAAAUUUAGUGAAAUCAAAACUGAAGUGCAGAACCCUCUAGUCCUAAGCCUAAAAACACGAAGAGAAGAGAAGAGAAGAGCAGAGAGAGUGCAUAACAGAGAUACAUAAUAGCAUAAUAUUAUUGAAUAAUAUGAAACAAUAAAAAGUAAACUAUCAAAUGCA